AAACAUUAUAUAACAUGAUGCAAAGCUAAAAAAAAGUAGAUUUUACAUGCUGCCUCUUUAAGAAAACUAAGCUUUUCAUUUCACAGUUAUACACUCCUUUCUUUUGGUCUUUGCAAUGCCAAUAAAUGUGAUUGAUGUUUUUUGUCAAGUAACAAUGAACAAGUAUGGAAAAACUCAGUAGAUGUGAAUACUUUUAAAGGGCCCACACACACACACACACACACGCACACACGCACACACUCACAGACAGCAAGGUCUAGACUGCCGUGUUGUAUCACCUGACUGGCAACAACCAACUUUCCCCUUGCUGACAGUAAAUCCACUCAAAACAAACUGCGGGGUCAUUUCAAAGUUCCCGUUAACAAGCUGCGCCCAUGCUGAGUGCAUGAGGGUGUGUUUGCUUUGGCAAGUCCCUGCGUGUGAGACAGGAGAGCAGAUGACCUGUUUGCCUCCUGCGCUCCACUGACGCGUCACCAGAUGAAUGUGUGAUGAAAUCGUGGCAACUUAUUUAAAGAUAUAACAUCACUAAUGAAACCCCAGAGGAAAUCCCAUCAGGCCAUGCUUCGAAAAACUUUCUACCGUCAGAGGGACUGGCGAUUCACUGACUGUGGUCAUUGGUUAAAAUGAAAAUAAUUAUAUCACCUGUGAAGACAGGUUUUUGAUGAAAUAGCACAGAUAUCACACUAGGGCUGGGCAAUGAAUCGAUUUGAGCAAUUAAUAGAAAUUUUAGGUUUUUGAAGAUUUGAUUUUGGAAAAAUCUGGAUUUUUUUCCCUUUUUUUGUUUGUUUUUUUGACAAGCAUGUUGUACAUCUUCUGUUUAUUUGGAUUUUGAAUAUUAGGACCAGGCUAUGGAUUUAAUUAUGAAAAUAAAUAUGCAAGAAAAUGAGAAUAGUGUUAACAUUACCAGAAUAAGGUCAUAACAUUAGGAGAAUAAAGCAAAAAUCUUAUAGCAACUUCCAUAUAAAAAUAAUGAAAAGGUUAAAACAAGGAAUUUUGAGCGUUGUACAUUGGUAUAAAUUUUGCAGAUUAGAAAUACUUCAUCUUUUAACACAUCAGCAUCAAAUUAUCAUGAUACACUUCUCUUGUUUUAUUGAGUUUCUCAUUUCUUUCUCUUUUUUUUCCCUACCGAAAUUUGAAUGAAUAUGAAAACAGUUUGAUAUUUUAGAUCAAGAUUUGAAAAAUACGUCGAAACGCAGAUACUCUGAAUAGACAUGUGCCCCGUGUCACAGAUGGAAGAAAAACGUGUGAUCAGAUCCCAGCAGUCCACUCUGGCUCUGACAUUCCCCUCUGUCAGCAGUGACACUGAUAAAUAUAGUCACUACAGUAACAGCCAGGCUGACGUGACACGCUGGGAGUGCUGCUGGGAUCGCUGAUGAAUCCGAGGCUUUUCUCAUCUCACUACCAGCUCUGUGCGGUCAGGCUCGUCAUCCUCUUCUCCACAAACGUUUCUGGGGCAAACCUUUGCAAUGUGGCGCUGAAACGGAAGUCACUGUGUCCAUAACCCUUGAACUUCUUUGUUUUCUAAACUGACUUUUUUUUUUUUUAUUCACCAACUAGUGUGUAUACAAUACACAUUACAAUAAACAUUACAAACUGAUAAAGAGCAAGAAGGGGUAUUGAUCUACAAAAUAAUUGACCAGAUAAUAGAACAGCCAUGAAAAUAAAAUAAUCAAACGAACAAAAAAAACAAGCAAACAAGGAGGUAUAUAUUGAAACAUAUGUUAAGAUUUUGCUUCUUACAACCACAAAAUUGUAAAACCUGCAAUUGCACUCAUGUCUCUUUACUGGAUGCUGAGUAGCACCAAAAAAAAGAAAAAAGUUUAUUUUAAACUUGAAUCUGAAAAGUAGUUUGGAAUGUUUUGGUUUUUUUUCAGUUUCAAAUUUUUUUUUUCUUUUGAACAAACUUUAUGGCCCCAAUUUAGUAUCUCUUCGGAGAAACAAAUCCGAAGAUUAACAGAGGAAAUUGAAAGCUGGUUAGCAACCAGAAGAUGGAUUUUAUUGCUGUGCUGCUGACAUUUAAGUUCCUAAUCUUAAAUCAGCAGUAAGUACAAAGGUCAUGACCUGCUGUGGUAUUUUUAUCAGCAGCAAAUGAGACACUGCAGUGUAAAUGUGAGGAAAUCUGGUCAGAUUUGAGCAUAAAAUCUAAAGUCUUUGACAAUAAUGCAAAGCUACAUUCCGUAGACAUGUCUGCAAAAUAAGGCAGAAGAGCUGCUGGAUCUGACCUACAAAAAUCUGUUUGUUUUUUUUUUUGUUUUUUUUUUAAUGAAAAUAAAAACUGCUUCCUACUACUCCCCACUUUAAGACUUAUAACUGUUUGUUUCACUUUCUAGAGCUUUCUCAUUUGUUUCUUGCACCGUGACCUUUCCCCGUUUUGCCAUGUUUGUCGCAUUAAGAAAUGCACAAAAAAUGAACUUAAACAUAUGUCUGUAUAUAUUUAGAUGCGGACACUUCACUACUUUGGUCCAGGUUAUUUACUGCAAAAACAAAAGAUCUUACCAAGUAUUUUUGGUUUAGUUUCUAGUGCAAAUAUAUUUAGUGUGCUUGAAAUAAGACGAAACUAACCCUAUAAGUAAUUUUUACGCAAUAUAUAGGAGUCAAUAAUUCCUUAAAAUUGAUUUAAAGAAAGUACUAGCUCCGCUGGCAGAUCAUUUCACUUAUAACAAUGAAAAACUGUUUCACAGAGCAGCCAUCCACGCUACUUCUCAUUGAACCGCUAGUAAAUUCAUUGUUAAAGGGUUAAUAGGAGCAAUGUUGCGAUGAAUUCCUGAAGGCGGAGAUUCAGAAAGAGCAGGAGCUUCUUAAAGAGACAGAGGCCCAAUUUCACUGUAUUAAAUUACAAAGUCAAUUUUCUUUUAAGUCAUAUUUGAUUUAUACUGCAUUUUUGCAGUACUGAAGGCAACAUAGGUACUUGAUUGUACUAUAAGAUGGUACAGCGUGACUGGAUGCAAACUAUACUGGACGGAGCUGUGGGAUGCCUCUCUUCAGUAGGGAUAGGAAAUCUUUUCAGAGUUGAUGGGAAGAGAUGAACUAAGCUAAAUACAAAGCGACUCUGGACCAAGUCCUGUUAGAAGAUGCGUAACUGCAAAUUGCUCAAUUAUAUGGUCAAUGGAAAUGCAGCUGGAGUCUCAAAAGCUACUUUUUUAAACAUGGUCUUAAAACAUUAUCUCUGCAUACUGUUCUUGGACUGUGGAUGUCCUUCUUUACAUAUCCGUUAAACACUACACAGCGUAGGGAAACACAGAUGCUGUCUUGUCGUGUUUAUUUCGAGGGGCUUACAGUUUCAGAGGCUGGGUCUUUGACUGAGAGGAGGGAAGUGGAGGGAGGCCCCUGGUAAACACAUGGUGUGGAGAGAGAGAGACAGAGAGACAGGGUGGGGAGUGAGCCACUAUAAAAGAAACAGUCAGAGCUGCUGUUGGCAUUCGCUCCAGCAAGCAGACAGAGCGGAGACCCAGUCGACACUGGCAACAAUCGCUUUUUCUUCAAGACUGAUUUUCUCCAUUCUGCCAGGACUUGGAGGUCUGCACCCUGGUCCACUCUGGCUUUUUUUUUUCCUUCUAAGACAGAGAGAUUUUUCUCCUCUUCUUCUACCACAAGGCUCCCAGACGAGCAAGAGAGGACAAACUUGUGUCCGCAGAGACUGUCUUGACAUUUUUGUUGCACUCGGGCUCCCGUUCCACCAUGACUGCUGUGCGUCAGAUGCCGGAGGAGACCUCGGGCUUCCACGUCCUCUCAGCCCACCUGAUGGCCACCGCCACAGAGGAGUUCCCCCAGCAACUACCCGUCCCCAAGAGCCCGGCGAAGGGCAAGAGUCGCUCCCGCCGACCCCGGGAGGCCCGCUUCAAAACCCAGCCGGUCACCUUCGCCGAGAUUGCUGAGGUAGAAGAGGAAGGCUCUUCCCCUUUGGAAGAAGAGAGGGCACGUCGCUCCUUCCUGCAGUCGUUGGAGAACCUGCGGCGGAGCACGCAGGCCCUCUACUGCCCAGGGGCGACCAAUCGCACUCCCACGCCCACACAGGCCAGCCUGGACUCCAGCGACUCCGACUCCACCCAGUGAGGACUUCACAGAUGGAGGUCGACUGAACAGAACCAAAUUGCAGUCCUGCCUUUAUGUGUAAAGCUACUGCUGCCACGCAAAACUCUGCAUUUAGCUCACCAACUCAUCUGCACAUUGCUCGAAGAUGCACAUCGGACCUUUCCGUAAAGACCUCCACCGCUGGCUGGUUUUACAGCUGUACAGAAAUAAUGUGUAGAGGUAGCAAACAAUGCAACAUUCAGCACAACGUCUUGUUUCCUACUGUAGUUAUUUAGGAGUAAUAUGGAAGAGGAAGGGUAUUUUCCCAUUUUGGAGCAAUAGAGCAUGUCUGUUUCUAUCUAGUUUUUUCUACUUGAUGAGCGAAUGGGGCAAGGAUGACUAAAAAUGUUAACGUUGUGAUUGAUUUGUCUGUAAAUACAUUGACAAAGCAAAAGACCUGCAGCAAAAGUUAGCCGGCUGGGCCUGGAACUGUAGAGGACCAUCACAGAUCUUGUCUAGAGACUCAGAAAGGGUUUUUUUUUCCUCCCCCGCUUCUCAGUUAAUGAAAUCAGUGCUGUUGCUUUGAUUUCUGAGCAGAAAUUCCCUUUCUAUUUUUCAAAAUGAAUUUAUUUAUUAUUAUUAUUUGCAUAACCAAGUACAUUUCUAGAUGUAAAGUUGUCUAUGACUUCUGGUCACUUUGACUUUCAUACAAAUAAUAACCUUUAUAUUUUGUGAUUCUAUUACUUUGUAUGUGUAUAUAUACUGUAUAUGUGAAUAUAUAU